UUAAGCUUCUGCUGAAAACAACAUCUGCUAAGGAAAAGGGGAAUUCUAAGAUGAGACAUUGCCCUAGCUGAACUCUGUUCUUGCUGCUCUCAGAGAUUUGCUGUGUGGCCUCAAGUUAGCUGUUUAAUGGCCUUGUGCCUCUUAGCACAUGUGUGAAUUUAACACACUCAUGCUGCUCUACUUGGAGAAAGGCAUGGGCCUCAACUUACUUGUGUUUGAAGAGGUUAUUGCACUAACAGUGUUGUAUAAAUGCCACGUGUUGUAAACUUGUGAGCACUUUGGCACUAAGACACGUGGUGUGGAUAUGGUUCUAAAAGAGCAUUUGUGAAGACAGAAGUUGUCUGCAGGAAUGGCAAGGCAAAGCACCUGCUGUAGGCAGUAAAUUACAUUCCAGCCUACUGUUCUGGGGUUUGUGAGUGCCUCAAAUGAAGCAGAGAGAGCGUGUCCCAAAGUACAGUGCUGCCGUCACUGCCACACAUCCAAUGUCGUCCUGCCUGCACUCUGCCUUCCUGUUCUUCACCCUACUGCCCGCCGAUUAGAACUCGCAGGCCGGGCGGAGGCGGCAGGGGCAGCCCACCCGCACCCCCUCUCUCCGCAGCGCACUGGCUGCGGCGGCAGCCGCCAGCCGGGCCCGCCGGGGCUGCCCCCGUGCCGGUCACUGCCUCUGACCUUCCUUCCCCGGCGCUGUCAGAGCGGAUCAGCGGGCGCAGCGCUGCAAUGGAGCGGCGAGCGGCAACGGCAGCCGCCAGGAGAGGAGGAGGAGGAGGAGGGAGGGAGAGUUUAGCGCCGUGCCGGCUGGCGCAGAGGCGCGGCUGAGCGCUCCAGCGGGAGCCCGGGGCCCUGCGGACCGUGCGAGAGUCAGAGGCGGAAGGAGCGGAGAUGCGGCUGCUCUCCCCGCGCUGCUAAAGCCUCCGGUCACUCGCCCGGAGGAAGGAGGGCAGGAAGGUCCGUCCUUCUCGCUGCUCUGCGGGCGCAAAGGGUGCCUGUGCUGUCCCCUCCUCUUGCUUUUAUCCCAGCCCAGGAGCAGGAGCCGCUGCCGCCCCCUCUCCCUUCCUGCGCUCUUCCCACCAUGAGCGGGGCUGUUUUCACCUUAUAAAGAUGGCGGUGUGGGAUCGCUGCAACCUUUAGACUCAUGACUGUCAGAAACAUCGCCUCCAUCUGUAAUAUGGGCACCAAUGCCUCUGCUCUGGAAAAAGACAUUGGCCCAGAGCAGUUUCCAAUCAAUGAACACUAUUUUGGAUUGGUCAAUUUUGGGAACACCUGCUACUGUAACUCCGUGCUGCAGGCAUUGUAUUUUUGCCGGCCGUUUCGGGAAAAUGUAUUAUCAUACAAGGCCCAACAGAAAAAGAAGGAAAAUCUCUUGACUUGCCUGGCAGAUCUUUUCCACAGUAUUGCUACUCAGAAGAAGAAAGUUGGAGUUAUUCCACCAAAGAAGUUCAUAUCAAGGUUACGAAAAGAGAACGAUCUCUUUGACAAUUACAUGCAGCAGGAUGCACAUGAGUUUUUAAAUUACCUGCUGAACACCAUUGCAGACAUUUUGCAGGAGGAGAAGAAACAGGAAAAGCAAAAUGGGAAACUGAAAAAUGGCAACAUGAAUGAAGCUGAAGAGAACAAUAAACAAGAACUCACCUGGGUGCACGAGAUUUUUCAGGGAACACUGACUAACGAAACUAGAUGUUUGAACUGUGAAACCGUUAGUAGCAAAGAUGAAGAUUUUCUUGACCUUUCUGUUGAUGUGGAGCAGAACACAUCAAUUACACACUGUCUAAGAGACUUCAGUAACACAGAGACAUUAUGUAGUGAACAGAAAUACUAUUGUGAAACAUGCUGCAGUAAACAAGAGGCACAGAAAAGGAUGAGAGUAAAAAAGCUGCCAAUGAUUCUUGCCUUACACCUCAAGAGAUUCAAAUACAUGGAGCAAUUGCACAGAUAUACUAAGCUUUCUUAUCGAGUAGUAUUUCCUCUGGAGUUACGUCUGUUCAACACAUCUGGUGAUGCUGUCAACUUAGAUCGGAUGUAUGACUUGGUAGCCGUUGUUGUUCACUGUGGAAGUGGACCAAAUCGAGGGCAUUAUAUUACUAUUGUGAAAAGUCAUGGAUUUUGGCUCUUGUUUGAUGAUGACAUUGUAGAGAAAAUAGAUGCUCAAGCUAUUGAAGAAUUCUAUGGUCUGACCUCUGAUAUAUCAAAAAAUUCAGAGUCUGGCUAUAUUUUAUUCUAUCAGUCAAGAGAGUGACUUGGCAAACUGUGACAAUUGCACACAACAAUGCUGCACGCAACAGAAGGUGAUAGUCCCCCUGAACUGGCUUUUACACAGACCACAUCUUGUGUGGUUGAACAACAACACUCUGUCUCCUAUUAACUGGUCUAUGUGGUAUUGACUAUAACCAUCCAUUCUUGACAUGCAGAACUUUGUUUUGCAGGGGAUGUUUGUAGUUUUUAAGUCUGAUUGAAGAAUUAAUUGCAGUCAGAUUUUAGUGGAAUUUAUACAGACUAACGUUUACAGGUAAUAAGAUUUGGAUGUCAACUGUUAAACCAAAUACAGCUAAAGUAGUAUUUUGUAUGAAAGCAUUCAUUGCAUUUAGGGCAAAAUUGUUUAAAACUUUUUACAUGGCUUUGGGGUGUACAAAUUUACAAAGCAUUCCUUUAAAUACAUCCUGGUAUACACUUACUCAUUUUAAAUGUAAGAAAAAAACCACCUGUUUCAUAAUGGAAUUGUGAUUGCAUAGGGGACUUUUUUACACAUUACUUUCUGCUGCAAAAAGGUGUUCUUCCAAAAUAAUUUAAGCCCUGUGUUGUUAAAACUUCCAGUGCAUAACCUCAGGCCUAAAAUUCACAUAGAGGGAUUUAAAUUACAGUGCAACUAAUUCGCUGUGUCCAAUCACUUUGUUUAUCAUGAGGUAGUACUGAUGAAGUGAGAUUUCAGAACUUGCAGAGCACUGGGAGCAAGAUGACAUGAUACAGAGAUAAAUUACAUUUAUAGAGAUCGAACUUAUCUUUCUGUUAAAACAAUAUCGUAGGUUGUUUUCUUAGUUGAGCUUGCAGAAAUUGCCAGACUGCUCAUAUAUACCCAUCAGAACUGAAAUUACACAGUCCAUUCAAAUAAGUAUUGUACAUACAAUACAUAUUAUAGGGCUUGAUUCUGCAAUGCUAUGAAUAUCUGUAAGUCCCAUUUUAACUUCAGACAGAGUCCAUUUCUGAACAACAUAAUACAUAAAACCCGUUAGUUUACACACACUGUCAUGUAUACAGAAUCAUAGAAUGUCCUGAGUUGGAAGGGACCCACAGGAUCAUUGAGUUCAGCUCCUGACCCUGCAUAUGACAACCCCACAGUUCACACCACAUGUCUGAGGGCAUUGUCCAGUCUCUUCUAUAUGUCAUAUCUAACAUUUCAGACAUGUUUGACAUCAUCUGGGUCACCACAAAAACAGACAGGGCUCUGGAGUAUUUGAUUUUAAAAACAUCAAAAGGCUUAGUUUGUGAUUUUACUGAGUGAAUUUGUCUGGCACCAUUCAUGUACUGGCUAAUAAAACUGCUGAACUCGCAUGCUGGAAUUUGGCAAAGAAUGAAUAUAGAUGAAAGUAGCAAUAGGGUAUGAGAAGGGAUCUACAGGUUGUGGCAGUGGUAACACCAGGUAACUACCUUGCUUGGUUUGAAAUUUUCACUCCAUUAUACAAUUCAUGGACUUCAGUAGCGAAAUUCCUAUUCCAAUGACGUCAAUGGCAAAAUCACUCUCGUCUUCAGGUGAAUGACAGUUGCUUCUAGUAUUUACAAGGAAAUAUUCUCAUCUCACAGAAUUUAUUUCUACCUGUUAUAUUUUAUUCACUCUUGUUAAGUAUUUAUCAGACAAUGUUGCUUUUGGUCCUUCUUUUCUUUAAGAAGCCUGCCUGCCACUUCAUGGCCAGCACUCCAUUUCAAGAAAUGUCUUUGGAAGUGCAGCUAAAUCUUAUAUUUUAGUCUUCCGUAGGAAAGAGACUAAGUUUUAUUUCAUUGUGAUCUACUGUGAAUGUGAAAUAUCUUUUGUCAAAUAAUGGUGAAAAUGAAGUACUAGCUUCUACUGUAACAUCAAGUGAAGUUCAGUUGGAUUUAUCAAUGGCUGUUUUGUAAACUAAAGAAAUGUAGCACUUUACACUAAGUGAGAAACAGAAGUGGACCUUUCAUCCAACAUUAUUCAUCAUUUGUCAUGUUAUACUGAUACAAGAAAAAGGAUGCAGAAUGUAACCUCAGAGUUCUUACCAGGUGAAUAAUAGUAGCACUCUACAAAGAUCACUCACAUGAAUGAAGGCUGGUACUCACGUUCAUGACAAGCAUCAUGGGGAUGUAGCUCCAGUUCUUUUAUUGAUGUUAGAACAAAAUGUUCUGUCUCUAACACAGACAACAGACAUCUUCCAGGAGAUUUCACUUCUCACUGAGGCCCAGGAGCUUUUCCACAGGAAAGCUAAACCUGCAAAUCCCUCUUUAAUAGAUUUAUUGAUAAGCAUUCAGAAUUUCCAUAUAAAAAUAUAAUAAUCACUUGCCUUUUAAACUGGGUAAGGUUUCCUCACUGUGAAUGAUGACAAAGGCACUUUCUAGAUCAGCAUUAACCAGUACUGGUCCAAAGGUCUGUACUUCACAGUUUACUGAUAAACAUUCUUAGGACAUUCUUCAAUUUUAAAAAAGCAACAAAAAAUAUAUUCUUAAGGUAUCAUUUGAAUGUUUAGGCCUCAUGUUUAUAGGAACAUAAAUUUUUCAUUAAAAUAACUUUACAUCAGUUUAAUUUUAGGAAAUGUUUUCUAUAUUUCAAUUGACUUAUGUGAAAAUUCAUUUCUUUAAUGUUAGUAGUAUGAAUUAAUAUUUAAAUGCUAAAGUACAGGACUAUAAUCUCUGGUUUUAUUCAGGUGCAAGACAGCUCUAGGUUGUAAAACAUACAGAUAAUUGCAAUAUAUAACUGAGAGUAAAAUUACUUGAAUAGGCAUUUUCGUAAAUUGUGAAAAAAACAUUUUAAAUUCAUGCUAGCCCAUGAAAAGAUCACAGCACUGGUGUCACACCAGUCCAACAGCGGUGGUCUGACGUCAACUCUGACAAAGCGUGGAAUGUUCACUUGAUGCUAACACCAGCUAAGCUAAGGAGCAUUUUCUUUUCAUUAAAAAAAAAAUGCAGUCACAAUUCUAUAAAUUGUAAGCAGUCUAUACUGUGCUGAACGCCUUGGCUUCAGUCCAGCAAAAGUCUGUCCAUCGCAGCCGUACAAAUAAGAAUGGCACUAUUUGUAUGGAAGCAGAAUUUCUCUCCUAUGUCAAAUUAAGCACAUUCACUUGUAUUUCUUUAGGAUUGGAAUGCUCACAAGAUGUAAAAUAUUUUAGUUGAUUAAAUAAAACAUAAUUCUUUUUCUCUUAUGCUUACGUGUAGACUUCCAAUCCCUUAUGAAAGAAUGGAAAAAUAUCUAGGACAAUAAAAGCUUUUCAGCAAGCAGCUAGAAAAAAAAAUGUAGCACAGAUGCCUAAUAUUAUUCUGUGCUUCCCUAAAAUGUCUACUUUUAUGUCAUUGAGUUCUGUGGAUAUUGGGCCUAAUGACAUCUUAAGUUUCCUACUUGUUUCAUAUGCUGUUGCUGAGACUUGUCCAUUUAUAAGUCUCACUACUAUUUUCUUAAUUGGAAAAAUAACAUUUUUAUCCUGUGCUGGUUUUCUUCUGAACCCAAUGAAGCACUGCAGUGCUGAUGAAUCAGUUGUCUCAGAGGAUGAGCUCAGACUUCAACUUCUGUGUUUCACAGAAGAGGUUGUCAGGAUUUUAUGUAAUUUCUAUUUUGGGGACAUAGCAGAGGGAGGCAGAAUAGGGGAGUGAUGGAGAAGCCAUACCAGGGAAGCAGAACACCUUGUUGAAUUUAAGUCCCAAAAUUACUCCUGUCAAUUUUGUUUUAAUAAUUUACAGUUACCUCAGAGCAGUAGAUUACAUUUUAAAAGUCUUGUUCCUUUAGCAGCUGGAGUAAUGAAAAUAAAGCAGUAGGUAUUUCCUUCUCAUUAGAUUUAAUAAAGAUAUUGAAGACCUAACUAAAGGGAAACUGAAAAUCACAUUAGAUGGUGGAUCCUAAAGUGCUACGACAUCUUGUCUUUUAACUUCAGACACGGCAUUUCAUUCACUCAUCUGUUACAGCUCCAUGUACUGGGGAUCUGAGCCGACAACUUGCAGCUGCCUGUGAUUUGCUGCCUUUCAGCAGCAGAACCUUCUCGUUCCAUCUCUUUUUUGCUGCUUGUGGCUGACAAAUGUGGGGAGUAUCUUACAGCUGAAUGUGUACUAGAAAUUUUUUAAAGUUUUGGCUGUGCACCUGUUCUUUGCUAGUACCUUUUAUCAGUGUUUGUUUUAAGUUAUUUCUCUUUUGUUAGUCUGUUAUUCUAUUUGUAUAAUAACUUGUGUAGUUAAUAUUAUUAGUUUUGUUUUAAUUUUUAUGUACUUUGAUUUUUCUAAAAUGUAAUCAACCCAAGCACUUUAAGCAACAACGUCAAUCUUAUGAAAUUCCAAUCAGCUUAACAUUUUGCCUUUGUCUUCUUGCUUUUGCAGCUGCUUGCUUGUGAUCCAAUGUCUCUAGUUACAACCCAAUUUCCAUUUUUAGGCUUGUAGUCCUAGCUGAGUUGUACAUUUGGGAAGCCCAAAUUUUUUCAUGCACAUUUGCUCAGACAUAACAAGGACACAAUACUUACUACAUGUCUGCUGCACAUAGCAGUAUGUACCUGACUAGCUGGACCCACAUUGCACAUUUCACAGCCUUUUUUGCACUCUCUACUUGCUAACCUGUCUGAGCAUGACUGUAAUGCUUUCAUCUAUGGCACAGUUAUCAGUGACUAUAAUUUAGAAAAGCUUCGUCUCUUACAGGGGAAUUCGCUUCUACCAAACACAGAGUUAGCUGUCAAUCAGCUGAUGAUACAAGUAUUGCUCUCUUUGUUAUUUUAUCUGCACUCUGUACAGUCUCAAGUUCUAAUGACUUUUUCAUGGCCCUUGUGUGAGUGCUAGAAAGCAGAGCAAACUUUUUUGCAUUUCACUUCUCUACACUUGGGCUCAUAUAAAGGCAAGAGAUAAUGAAGCGGGAUAAGUGCUGGUGUAAAAAAAAAAAAUCCCACACCAUCUAUAAAAGACACUGGAUGUUUCUUAGAGGCCAGAAUCUGUGGUAUCCAUAUCAGAAAGUCAUUACCUUGCUGUGUUGUUAAUGCAAGGGUUAUUCUUAGUUUUUUAGAUAUUGUAUUCUCUUUGAUCAAUGAAAAGACCAGGGCUUUUUCUGUUGCUGAGACUCUUCUUCUCAAUUUAACAUGGCACUUAAUAUUUAAAUAGCCCUUGGUAAGCCUCGAUAGACACAGUUUUGAUUUCUUUCCAGUUAACAUGCAUUACUUCAAAGAGAUUGCUUGAACCUGUCCACUAGACUUAUUCAGAUCAACACACUCCUUUUGCAUACAAGGUCAAAUAACACCUAACAGGAGAUAUGUGCCCACCUGGUGGGACCAUCUGGGCUAAGUCCAUGCAUUUUUACACAGUAAUGAUUCUUUAUCCCCUAAGAGGUUUAUUUGCUGGCUUUGCCUGUACAAUUUAAUAUGAAAUGGCACAUAACUCCCUUUAUUCACGGUCUUGGAGUUGCUGUAAUUCUUUAAUCAUUCUGCUUCAUUUGGUUAUUAAGACUGGGACUAUUGCACAACAUAAAAGAACCUGACUUGUAUGUGCCAUUCACAGUGGUCAAUUUAACAGCCUAAUGCAUCUGAUGAAGGCUGUUGUAAGUGGCAACUUGACUAUAUGUAAGAAUAUUAAAGAGUAAGUAACUUUUCCAUGAUAGCCCACACGAGCUGGACUGGCAUGCAGCUUCCAAACCCUCAGCUUGUACCCAGCUGAAGCUGGUGCUCCUAUAGAUAACCCUAACCCUACUAUGGGUUCCGAAGUGGCAGGAGCAAACCCUUUGUGAAGACCCUUUGCGGUUCACCAAAACAUCUUGCUUGCCACAGCAGCUAAUCAAUGAAUACUUGCAACCCCUCUCUCCCUGCUCCCCAAAAACCUUAAUUGUAAGUAUACAUUCCUUAAAGUGGCUGAGCUUAAACAUCAGCUUUGUAUUUGCAGUGGUGUUCAUCUUUGCAGAUGUCCCAAGACAGAUUGUGUUCACAUACCAGGUAGUUUCCCAGUGUCCACCCAUCUCUCAUUCUAACAGCAAGAGCAACAUCAGGGCAGCCACAUCACAGAUUCAAAUGCUUUUCCUGGAGACAAUUUCAUAGCUUCAGCAGCUUUUGUCAAAGAAGACCUGACACAAGCUCCAUAACUCAUCCAUGACUCUUUAGGAGUAAAGUCACCUUAUGCUGUUUGAAUGUGAGAAUAGGGUAGGAUGAAGAAGAAAGAGAAGAGGAAGAAAUAUAGAAAGGGCUGGUUUUUGAAGGCAUUGAAUACGUAUAUCUGUUUGUAAAUAUAGAGGCCCUCUCCACCUUGUCAAAAUGACACAUUCAUAAUAAAACUAUUUAAAUAUUUUGUGUUAGUUUUUAAGUGGAGUAAGAGGUAGUAAAAUUAUUAGGCACACAACCGGGGACACAUAAAAAUACUGAAUUUCUAGUAAAGCAUACAAUACAUGGUGUAUGUGUACAGUUGAGUAUUGCUCUUUUUAAUCAUGUACAUGUAAUUAAACCCUGCAUUACCUGCAGAACUGUACAAUAAAUCUCAUGUUGAUUAUUAAGGUUGUAACAUAAGAAAACAGUAUUUUCUCCUGUUAACAUGUUUAUAUUUUACAUAAAAUAAACUCCCUAGCUGAUCUUGCUUCCA